ACAGACUGGAGCGACCUCAUAUAUGUAUUUCCCGAGGUUAUAUACGACAAUUAAAAAAUGAACAUGCUCAACAUGACGGACGUCAACCAAACAGGAACCAUUCGCUUCAACUCUGCGUUCACGAAAACGUGUCCGGGUGGAGAAACGUUCCGCCUCGCAACCGUCUCCACGGCAACCAGAUAUCCCGCCGGCCGGCCGCCGUGGAGGCUGGCGCGCGUGCGCAGACUGCUCGGCUGAGCUGUGACCAACCUUUGCUCCGCCCCGCGGCUCCGUCACGUGACCGCCAGCGGCCCAUUUUUGCUCGACGUUCAGCUGCAUGGAAACGCGGAACAGUCGAUCAGAUUAACAGCCGUGGUUUGGUGAACGCACAGACUGGAGCGACCUCAUAUAUGUUUUUUUCCCAAGUUGUCUACGACAAUUAAAAAAAAACAUUGCGAAGUGUGAACAUGCUCAACAUGACGGACGUCGACCCAACAGGAACCAUUCGCUCCAACUCUGCGUUCACUGAAAACAUGUCCGGGUGGAGAAACGUUCCGCCUCUCAACCGUCUCCACGGCAACCAGAUAUCCCACCUGCCAGCCGCCGUGGAGGCUGGCGCGCGUGCGCGGAUUGCUCGGCUGAGCUGUGACUCUCUCCUCCCCGCGGCUCCGUCACGUGACCGCCAGCGGCCCAUCUUUGCUCGACGUUCAGCUGAAUGGAAACGCGGAACAGUCGAUCAGAUUAACAGCCGUGGUUUGGUGAACGGGCUUAACCAGUUGCCCUUUGAUCUGGCAAACAACAACAAACCUCCACAGUUUAACAAUUCAAAUGACCUACUGAUGACAGAAUAUUCCAUUGAUCAUUGCAACCUGCCAGGAAGGAAAAGGAAACUGAACAAUAUAGUUGCAGACGAGCAUUACAAAAACCUCGCCUUUGACUCCAGCCCACAGGGGAUGUCAUUAUCAGAUCCUACAGCUUGGGAAGCAGCCAUGAACAGCUUGGGAAUGGGACCAAUGGGAAUGCGUGGACAACCAUUAAUGCCAGAGUUUGACCGAGGUCCAUGCAUGAUGACUGGCAUUCCACCCAUGAACCCCAUGAACCCAAUGAUGCCUGGAUUGGGCAUUGUCCCUCCUCCAAUUCAUCAAGACAUGUUUCUUGUGAAGGAGAUCAUCCAUUGUAAAAACUGUACGCUUUUUCCUCCAAAUCCAAAUCUUCCUCUUCCGGCUGUGCGUGAAAGGCCUCCAGGAUGCAAAACUGUCUUUGUUGGUGGUUUACCGGAAAACGCUUCAGAAGAUAUGAUCACUGAAGUUUUUGCAGAGUGUGGUGAAAUAAUAGCCAUUCGUAAAAGCAAAAAGAACUUUUGCCAUAUUCGGUUUUCACAUGAAAGUAUGGUAGACAAAGCUCUUUUCUUGUCAGGUUACGGAAUAAGAAUAGGUUCCAGCACUGAUAAGAAGGACACAGGACAUCUUCAUGUUGACUAUGCUCAAGCUAGGGAGGACCUAUAUGAAUGGGAGUGUAAACAGCGUAUGAUGGCAAGAAACGAACGCCAUCGACGAAGAGUAGAGGAAGAAAGGUUUCGACUUCCUUCACCUCCACCCAUAGUGCAUUAUUCAGAACAUGAAAGUACUACACUAUCAGAAAAAUUGAGAGAUGAUUCAAAAUUCUCUGAAGCUGUUCAGACACUUUAUACCUGGUUGGAACGAGGUGAAGUGAACCGUCGAUCAGCAAAUGUUUUUUAUUCCAUGAUCCAAUCAAGUAACAGCCAUAUUCGAAGGCUGAUGGGUGAAAAAAUCCAACAUGAAAAAGAAAUGGAGGAAUCCAAAGAUAAAUUUAAGAAUGCUGUCGCAGGGAUUCUAAUUCAACUUGAGCAGAUUGUCUCCGUUUUCAACUCUGCCUCCAAGCAAAAGGCGUGGGACCAUUUCUCAAAAGCUCAACGCAAGAAUCUGCAUAUGUGGCGAAAACAAGCAGAGGAAAUUCGUAACAUCCAUAACGAUGAGCUUAUGAGUAUUCGGCGUGAAGAAGAAAUGGAGAUGUCUGACGAUGAUGUGGAAGAAAUGCCAACAAACAAAAUGACAGAAGAAUCGGAACUUGCAUCUCAGGCUGAAGCACUUAAAGAAGAGAAUGACAGUCUGCGUUGUCAGCUUGAUGCCUACAGAAAUGAGGUAGAUUUACUAAAACAUGAGCAGGGUAAGCUCUAUAACACAGAAGAAGAGGCCACAAAGGACCAACAAUUAAAACUACUGCAACAGACAUUGCAAGGGAUGCAGCAGCAACUUUUGAAUGUACGGGAAGAUUGUAAAAAGAAAGAAGCUGAAUUGCAAAAGGCAGAGGAAGACAAACAAAAUGCAGAGAUGUUAUUGGAGACAUUUAAAAACAAGGAGAGUGCAGGCGAUGAUAUGGAUGAAACCGAUAAUGAAGGAAAUAAUAUCACAAGGUGUACAAUAUUGGGCUCCAUUCAAGAGCAGGAUGGUGAGUUGGACAAGGUCAUCCCGGGGCCUGUCCGAUCAGAGAGGGAAGCAUUACUUGUGGGUAUUAUUUCUACAUUUCUCCAUGUCCACCCUUUUGGAGCAAGUAUAGACUACAUGUGUUCUUAUCUACAGCGACUAGAUGCUAAGAUCUCUCCAGGGGAAAUAGAAGGUCUGAUGAUGCGACUACAUCACGUGUUCCAGCAGGAAAUAAGUGGAGUCGGUGCAAGUUUGGAAAAGCGAUGGAAGUUUAGCGGUUUUGAUGGAAUUAAGACACUACAGAAUUAAACAUAAUAUCCUCAAGACCACAGGACUACUAUACAUCCUCCACUGCUGUUUCUGCCUAAAGUCGAUAGCAGAUUUUUUUUUUGUAAGAGGGUUGAUUUCUGUGAUACUUUAAAUAUGAGAAAUCCUCAGGCGAGAGCAAUAUGAGCUGCACCUGGAAAACAGGCUUUUUAAACAAGAAUUACAUAACACAAUGUUCGCCAGAUAAUGGAAGAUUUUCCAAGUGAAAAUAUACCAACUGUUACCAAAAUAUACUAACUUUUUGUUAUGGAACAUGAAAAAGAAAAGCAAUCAUAAAAAAUAUCUGCAUUCUUUUCCCAGGCUUGUGCCCCCUCCAUCUUCGCUAAUCCAUUUCAAGGUUAGAGUACAUAUAUUUUUCUAAAGAAAAGGGUGUUUUCUUUCAAAUUCUUAGCAUAAUUCUUAGUUGCUUUUAUUGAUUCAAUUGCUCCAUCUUCUUGAAAUACUGGUAGGAAUGCAAAAGCAUGAACAAAUAUUGUAUCCAUCCAUCAGACCAUGAUUACAAACAAAAAGUUGUUGUUACAAAGCUACUGAUUUUAUUUAUUUUGUGCCAUGACUCAAUUCCAGUCUGUGAAAGGUCUGCAUAUCCUUUCCCAUUUUCCAUCUUUAUCACAUACAUUGGCAGUUCCCAAUUCCACUUCAGUGGAAAUUCUUUGUGUGAAGUUGAAAUAGUCUAUUUAAAUGUGGGAUGGCAUCAACAUUAUGCUUAAUUUUGGUUUUGUAUCACAUCUACAAAACUACAUUUUCACAUCAAGAUCACUGAAUACUGAUUGGAAGCAUGAACUUGACUGAUGUUUAUGCUUUUUAGUCUGGAAACUGGGAUAAAAAACAACUAUGCUGGCCUGCCUAAGAUCAGCUAAUUCAAUGUAGGUCACAAACCUGGAACACUUGAUCAGUGUCGCUCAAUGCAAUAGAGUAAUGUUUAAACUUCUAUAAAUACACCUCUGUGUGCAUGUGGCAAAUUUGGAUAAAUUUGCUCAAGCAACAUACAGCAGACCUAGCCACUGUUUCCAUCCAGAGAGAGCUCGGUUUCAGAUGAACUUAUGUUUUCUAACAUGAUAGAGUGCAAGAACAUUUUAUUAUUUGAUCCUCUGUGACAAUAAGAGGACACAGGUUUGCAUUUCAUAGGAUGUGGAUGCAGUCCAUCAUAUGCAAAGGUAUGUCUGAAAGAUUAGUGAAGAUUAUUUCAAUUGUUGACAUUGAUCUAUAUGAGGAAAGACAUUUGCAAUGGACUGAACUGAAUGGAAUAAAAACGACUCUGCUCCUUGCAUAGAGGGAUGCAAACAAGAUGAAUGUUUGCUGACUGCGCAUUACAGAUUAUAUCAAAUAUAACAUGUAAAAGCAUGGUCUAUUCUCCAUGCUUGUGUUAAAUGGUGCAGAAUGUGCUGGGACAUGUUUGAAGAAGGUGAAAUAUGAAUAUUGUUGAUAUAUUCAGGACUGAAGUACUGUAUCUUCCAACAAACAAUACAGAGUGAAAAGAAUUGUUUACAUUACAAAUCUGUGACAAAUAACAUCCCUGUUAUAAUUUCUUUGUACAUCCGGAAUUGACCUAGCAGUACAUUUUGGACAGUGUCUCUAGUUUGUACAGGCUAAAUUACACUCUUGAUAAAAGUUGUAUUUUUUAGAGAUAUUAAUUUUUACAGAUUUUUAAUACUUGAGUGUUUAUUUGGUCUCUGUGUUCCUACAGGUGAAGAACCUAGGCGACAAAGUCUGUUAAUUAUAUUGGAAAAUUAUAAUGAGAAUCCAUCUUGCUGUUUCUUUAUAUAUGUGAUGAUACAUGUAUGCCAUCUCUGUGAAUAUGAUGGAUAGUGGCACCCUGCUGCUGUUAAAAUAUGAUUUCAAACAAAUCUGAUGGGCUUAUUGAUGUUUGUUACUCUUAAAAAUGCUUGUUUUUAAUUUGGUACAAUCUGGCACUGCAUAGAACUAAUUAUUAAUCGGAGUUAGUUUGCAUUACAUGUUAUCUUCCAGAUAAUUGUGAGUUGUCAACAUUAUUUCAUAUGCAAUAGUUCAGAAUUUAUGAGCGGUGGCAUUUAUCUCAAAUUAAUAUCAGGAACUCAAGAUUCCCAGUAAGAGUUCCUCUUUAUUCUGUGGGCACAAAUGAUUUGUAAACAGCCUUCAUCCUUUGCAAACUUCCUGAAUGAAGUGAUUAUUUAAUAUUUACUUGUGUUCUACUCAGUUGUGCAAAAUGAAAAUGUUUUUUUGUCAAGUGAAGAGACAAAUGUUCCUUUAUUACAAAGGCAAAGGUUUGAUGCUGAACAAUAGACAAAAAAAAUUCCAGACUAAAUCCUGCUGUUAAAUUUGUUCAUUUAUGCUCUUGUCGUGGGCAAAUGAGAUUGUCUCUCUUUCCAAGCCCUGAACCAUCAAAGGCAAAGUCAGCCCACUACUGACUGCUGCAAAGUUAUGUCUGCUGGAAAAUGCCAGGGAUUACACUGAAUUGGAUGAGGACAACAAUGUAGAAAAGGCUGUUUAUUCCAAGUGUUGUUAAUACUUCACAAUAGCCCUUUCUCACUCCUAAUUCCCACUCUGCAACAAUUCUCUCUAUUUCCUGCUCCCUCAAGUGUACAUUAUGAUUUUCUUUAAAGGUCAGCCAUUUUUUAAUGCAUGUACUUUCUUGCCCUUGCCAUCAGGUGCUUUCUACUGUUUGCUCUCUUUCAUUUUUCUUAUCAAUAUUUAUUUUCAACCAACAUCUUACAUUGGUCAUACACUGCUUUAUCUUGGGGGUAACACAGCUCCAAUUAAUUGGUAGAUCUUAAUGGUACACCAAUAAUUAUACUUCAAAAGUACUUCAUUGCUGGAAAGUGUUUUGGGAUGUAUUGAGGCCACAAUUGUGCCAUUUGAUCUUGCUUGGUUGGAACCAACCCAGCUGACUUCUGAAUCAUUCUGAAAAUGGAUUGAAACAGCACAUAUAUGAUGUGAACCUGGUGACAUGUCUUUAGAAGAAUGCCUGUUGAUGAAACACCAGAAGAACCAGUAGAAACAGGUGUUGGCAGGACUAAGCAAGAAGCAAGAAAAUUGAAAAGAAUGCUAUAAUACAAAUGAACUAAGUUACAGUUUUCCUAUUUGUGACAGUUUUAUUAAAUUAGUUUCUGAGGAGAUUUGCAUUUAUCUAAAUUUACAGAAGAGUGCUGAAUUGUUAUUUAAGCAAUUUCCUAAAUGACAAAUUUACAGAUCCUUUGCAAUUACGCAACCAAAAUUAUUAUUAAAUGUUAGAGAGAUAAUUUGUUUAUGAACAACUCUCUAAUAUGAAAAGAAUAAAAUUAUUGUUAAUGCCCAUGGAGAUGAGCAUCCUGAUAAAGUGGGAUACUUGUUUAUUUUACUUUCCAGGUGGUUUUACAAUGAAAUUUAUAGCGGGGAGAAUUAUUUUUUCCCCUGAAUGCUCCAUACUUUUGCAAUUUGUUCUUACAAGUUGUAUUUUAAUUGUUUUGUGAUUUAUUGGAAGAGUUUUGAAAAGUUUUAUAAAAAAUAAAUAAAUGGCUAAGCUUUGCUUUCCAUUUGAUUAAAAAA